GUCAUUAUUUAGUAUACCUUCACAUCCUCCCAUGUGCCAUAUAAAAGGAUGUAAUUUAUAAAUAGAAGCAUUGUAAGUGCACCAUUAAACAUUGCAAGUGAAAAAUAGAGCUAAAAAAUGAGUAACAUAAAACGCAAGCUUGAGGGUGAAAUAGAGAUCAGGGUAACUGCAGGAGAUGUGUACCAUGAAAUAUAUGAGAGUAAACCUCAUCAUGUAUCUCAUGCUGCCCCUCAUUUUGUGCAAAGCUGUGACUUGCAUGAAGGUGAACUUGGUAAGCCUGGUUCAGUCAUUGUUUGGAAGUACAAGACAGCUGCGAGUGGGAAACCUCUGAUAGCAAAGAAUAUAAUUGAAGAAAUAGACAAGGAAAAAAAGUUGGUGAGACAACGAUGCAUUGAAGGUGAUCUGUUGGAUGAUUAUAAGACCAUUACUGGUAUCUGUCAGGUCAUACCUAAAGACUCUGAAACCUCCAUUGUUAAGUGGGGUUUUGAGUAUGAGAAACUGCAUCCUGGUAGUCCUGAACCAACUGCUUUGCUUGAUUCUUUACUUGCUGCUGCUAAAGACAUUGAUGAUCAUCACCAUGGCGUCAAGAAGUAAUCAAUAUAAUCUUCCGACCUUUAAUUAUAAUUUGGUGUGUUUCGAUUUACCAUGUUAUUGCUAAAUAAGCUAAGGCUAAGUUAGGUAUUCCUUCACUCGAGGCCAAUACCGAAUAGUCUAGCAUGCAUGAUCUUGUAAAAUAUGUGCGUAUUUCGGAGUGUAAUAUUCACUAUAUUGCUGUAAUGUUAUCUUUUUUUAUUA